CGGAAGUAUCUCUAGAUCACAUAGAGAUAAGAUUGAUAAGGUCUAUGGUAGUACAAGGUAGUGUUUUGUACACACUUUUAGGUCAUCAAAUCAUAGGCCGACGAUAUGGGUGUACGAGUAACGAUAAAGUUGGCAGUUGCUCUUUUGUUGUUGGUAUUUGGUGGACAUUACACGUCAUGUCAUAUGUCAACUGAAGAUUCUGGCACAAUUAUCACUAGCCGGCUCAGCAGACCUAAAGCCCCUUUUGUAGCAGACUGGGUAGAACACAUUGACCUCGAUCGUGCCAGUAGGGCCUCGUUUAAUUUUACUGCAAAAAACUGGCCACAUGAUAUACCUUACAUCAUAGACUCCUCAUAUAAAGGCGACAGGGUGACGUUUAGAGAGGUGCUGGACCACAUCUCCAGUCGUCUGUGUGUGACGUUCCAUGACGUGGCUGACACGUAUGACCCCAGGGAGGUCAACUGGCUGACCAAUCACGGCUUUAAGACAAAUGCUUACGUCAGUGUCAAAGAAAAUGGCGGGUGUUCAGCUUCACACGGUGAGGGAACUAACCCAGGUCCAAAAGUUGUCUACCCUUGCAAUGGUUUUGGCAUCAACCUGCACGAGAUGUUUCACGUGCUUGGUGCCAUCCACACCCACCAGGGGCGGAUCCGUGACUCGUACAUGUCUAUCAAUGAGGCAGAUAUCCAAAGCAACUUGGUAUUUGCUUACGACAAAAUCACAGACCCCACAUUGAUCAACGACUACUUCGAUCCCAGGUCCAGCUUGAUGUACCGAGAUGGGACCUGGAAUCUCGACGGCCUUGAGACCUACACCCCUAUAAGAGACGAUUUUUUCCAAUCGCCCUUAGAGUUUUCGGAAGAUCAUGUCGUUUUCCUGGAGUUAAAUUCUAUUUACCGAUGUAAUGAGGUGUUCUGCAACAACGACCAGACGGACUGUGGCCCAGGCUACCACACGUUGAUCAAUGGACGGUGUCGCUGUGUCUGUCCGGAUGAGUUGGAUUACAACACCAAUUGUACGACACACAUUGAUGGACCCACAAAAAACAUUUCCUGGCCCGACACGCACAUGAUCUUGUACGGCAGCGACACCUGCCCAACGGGAUUCGAUCCCACUCCGGCGACGUUACCACUGUCUGGGAACUGGGGCGCUGUCCAGGUGCCGGUGCCGCAGCCGUACAGAAUAGACGGCAACACCAUGUACGUCCAUCUGUGUAAAAAGUCGACGCCAGCGAACACUAGAGACGUUAACUGGAAAUCUUGGCCCAGGGGAGGCGAUUACUGUUUUGUCAAACCACUGGGAGAAGAAUGUGGGGGAGUUUUCCAAGAUGGCGGGAUAGAGUUUCAGACACGAACUGAGAGUCACCCCAGUGGUGACAUCGGCAACAUCAGCAUCAGCGGCAGGAUGGUGACCAUCAACUACUGCUGCAAGAACAAGGAGAACUACGCCCUAGUGACGGACCUGCCCAACGCCGAGCCGUUUAAGUUGGUGGCAAGAUAUCACAAGUGUCCUAACGUGAGAGGUAUGAAGAGCACCUACUCUAAGUUCACAUUUUGGACGGAAUCUUCCAGAAAGUUUGGAGAGUUGCCGCCCUUGAGUUUCUUCUACCAGACGUCUUUCCUUCAUUAUCAGUGCCACUACCAGCCUCCAGUUUAUGGCUGUAGUCGUAUGAUAACACUCACUCCAACAAACCGAUCUGUCACGGUCACAACGCCUGGGUUCGAAACACAACGGGAACCAGACAGAAGAUGUUUCUACAGUUUUAACGUACCAGCAAAAUCCAAACUGAGGCUGACCUUGAACAAGUUUGACCUUCACGAGAACGACGAUUUUCUGAUUAAACGUUUUCACAAGUGGCAGGACCCGUACAGGAUCGUCAGUGACGACCGACCUUAUCAGCUGGUGAGUGAGGGCAACUACAUGUCCCUACAGUACUGGGCAUCAUGGGAGAGAACCAGCAACAAGGGAGUGAAUUUCACGGUUGAUAUUGUAUUAGACGAGGAGAUGUGUUACGAUGUGGCGUCAAAAGGGGCAGACUACUACGGUGAGAAAUCUGUUACAGAAACUUUUGAGCCUUGCGUCCCUUGGGAGAAAGCCACAUCUUGUGAUGACUUCCCCUUUGAUGGAUUAAACGGUAUUUCCCUGUUAGAAAGCGGAAGUAGCUGUAGAAAUCCCGGCGGGUCUCUCCUUCAGCCUUGGUGUUAUACUUUUGUCAGGGGCAGCGUUUGUCAUAGACGGUACUGUGACGUCUGCAAUAUACAGUCUACAACUGACGUGCUCAAGACGUGCUCCACACUAAAAACAACAGUCCCAGACUUCUGUAACACUGCCGUGGAACGGUUCGCUUGUUUUCAGACUUGUGGCUUCUCACAGCAAACAUACACACCAGCCACAUGCAGCCCACCCAGCCUACCAUCUGAUGUGUACGCCGCUGGAGGAUUGAAGAGUGUGUACAAGGAAGGGGAGGUCAUCAACGUCACUUGUACAACUUCCGGUUCUUUUGUCAACACAAUCCGAUGUACCAAAACUGGAUGGUCGGGUCAUGCUUUCACUUGUAACGGCUGUCCGGCAAGUUGGACGUCAUACGAAGACCGAUGUUUUCAGUUUUUUACACCGUGGGUCACUAGACAACAAGCUGACGUCAACUGUAAGUCAUAUGACGUCACGGGGACGUUGUUCGAGAUCAGGAAACUGGCAGACCAGGUCAUGGUUCGGCAAUACAAACAGAAGCUGGGAUAUGAUUAUCACCAUGGUAACUGGAUUAGCGGUGAGCUACAAUCGGACCAUGGGAAAUGGUUGCUCAACUCUGGUGACCUAAUGACCUACUUUAAUUGGUCAAGAACAGUUGAUACCACUAGUAUGUCGUACAACUGUAUCAAGCUGAUCGCUGAAUAUGAAGCUCAUAACGACCAAGGGGCGUGGCGGACCAUGGACUGUGGGGGGACGAAAACAGCUUCAUACAUGUGUCAGGUGGAUAAUUCGUUGUCCGCUACCUGCAACGAUAAAAUCCCAAAUUGCCAGAACGUCCUGAUGUCAUUCCCAGAGUUCUGUACUGACCCCAGGUCUUCCAAGUCUGGUGAGAUGUACUGCAAGAGGUCAUGUGGUCACUGCCCAGGAGGCAACCAAUGCUCUGAUCCUGUGGGGACAACUUAUACCCGGACAUCUCAGGCCACAGUUAUCUACCCUGGUCAGGUCAUGACCUUCACCUGUCGGGAUCAUUUGUAUCACGUGGGCGGUGACCUGCGGAGGGCGUGUUCGACUUCCGGUAAACUGCUAGGCUCAGAGCCAGUGUGUUCAGCGACCCCUCGCCCUGCUGACAUCAAGCUGGAGAAAGUGAGAGAACGUAGGGAGACACUCCCAGAAAACCUGGCCUUUCUACUAGACUAUGACGGAUACAGAGUUCCUUUCAAUGGGAAAAUCACCAGAUGGUAUUAUUACUGCCAGAGCUCUGGUUUUGUGAAUUUUAUCGUCUUCAGAAAAUCUGGGUCACUUUAUACCUAUGUGGGUUCAAACACUAUUAUUUGUGAACCCAAUUGGAUUCGAACAUACAAUGUACCGCUAGGAAGUCAAAUAGAUGUUUUUGAGAAUGAUGUGUUUGGUGCCUUUUCACCAAACUCUACAACCCUUAGCAUAAGUGUCUGCGACACUGCAGAUCUGAAGAUUCUGAAUGUGCCAACGACGAAAGCGGCGUCCCUCGCUGACCUGCGGUCAAGUAGUGGUGUGGUGUUUGAAGGAAUUAAAUGCGCCGUCCCCUCUCUUGGGAUACGUGUGGAGCCCUAAUGCCUUGUGGGGCGAUAUAACAUUGUGGAGCCAUGACUUCAUAUGGAGUUAUAGUUAGCCCCAUGUGAAGUUAUACCUUCAUGUUGAGUUAUAGCUUCAUGUUGAGUUAUAGGUUCAUAUGACGUCAUGUGAAUUUAUAGCAUCAUGUGGCGUAAUGUGGAGUUAUAGCUUCAUAUUUAGUUAUGUGAAGUUAUAGCUUCAAGUGGAGUUAUGUGAACUUAUAACUUCAUAUGGAGUUAUAGGUUCAUGUGGCGUUAUUUGAAGUUAUAUCUUCUUAUGAAGGCUCAUCUUAAAUUGGAACCAAUUAUGUAUUUUGUAUUUUAUGAAUUAACUAAAAAAAGAUGUAAAUAUAUGU